UGUGUGUUGUGUUGGACAAGUCAGUGUUCCUCAUCAUGUCUCUGCAAAAAAAAAAAAGACAGAACCUUCACCACAGGUAGUAAAGCCCUUAGGACACUCAUCUAGACAACACGUUGUGUUGCUAAAGAUGGCGGUUCAUCCGAACUCACGGACCUGGGGAAUUGUGUGCUGUUACAGUCUGAGGCUGGCUUGUUCUGCCUCCAAGGAAUGUUAUAAACCAAUCACUUCUGGGACUAGAUCCCCGAGGCCAGAGAGUGAAAUAAAAACACUGGUUUUACCUUCUACGCAUUUAGCCCUUUCUGCAUGAGACAGAACUUCUCUUCUGAACCAUGUUCCUUCCAUGUUCUCCUGACUAUCCAUGGAGUGUCCAGAUGCCCUGAAGAGCUAUGAAAAUAUCACUCACCCCCUAGGGACCAGAACCUGUACAGACCCUGUUCUGCAUGAUGACCUAUUCUGUGAGCGAGCUUGGCGAGAACCAGACCAUUUCUGAUGGGUUCAUACUUGUGGGCUUUUCCUACCUUAACGAGCUGCAAAUACUUCUCUUCCUGCUGCUUCUGGUCAUCUACCUAGUUGCCUUGAUGGGGAACCUGCUCAUUAUCCUCCUGAUAAAGCUAAAUCCUUCCCUGCACACCCCCAUGUAUUUCUUCCUGGUGAACCUGUCCUUCCUAGAAAUCUGCUACACCACCAAUGUGACCCCUCAGCUGCUGGUUCACCUCCUGGUGGACCACCAUAUGCCGCCCUUUGUGGGAUGUAUGGUCCAGAUGUUGGUCUUCACCACGCUGGGCCUCACGGAAUGCUGCCUCCUCUCAGCCAUGGCCUACGACCGCUAUGUGGCCAUAUGCCGCCCCUUGCACUACACAACCAUCAUGAGUGGCCAGGCAUGUGCACUGCUUGCGGGUGUUUCAUGGACCAUUGGCCUCUUGGCGGAAUCAGCUGAGACCAUGUGGUUCUUCAGCCUGCCCUUCUGUGGCUCCAACCGCAUCCCCCACUUCUUCUGCGACAUCCGGCCAAUAGAGAAGAUGGUGUGCGCCGAUACAUGGAUGAACGAGAUCCUGGGCUUGACUGUGUCGGUGCUGUUCAUCAUGGGCCCUUUUGUACUGAUACUCCUGUCCUACAUCCUCAUCAUCUCCACUAUCAUCAAGCUGCCAUCGGCAGAGGGGAGGCGUAAAGCCUUCUCCACCUGCUCCUCCCACCUCGUGGUGGUGACUUUGUUCUAUGGAACUUGCAUUAUAACUUAUAUGAAACCCAAGUCUAGCUACACCCCAGAGAGUGAUCACUGGAUUUCCCUCCUGUACACAGUUGUGACACCCAUGUUAAAUCCGUUAAUAUACACACUGAGGAACAAAGAGGUGCAUGGAGCCUUCAGAAAAACUCUAGAGAAGACCAUCUUUUCUCACAACUAGAGAAAUUAGAGAAUGAAAAGAAGAGUUACCUGAAACAUUGGAAAAGAGAGAAAAUCAUUAAUAUUUUCUGAAUUUCUCCUGAUGACACUCAUUUUUAACUGAUAUUUAGCCUCUUGCAUAAUUAUGACUUGUUGCAAACCAUUCAGGCACAUUAGAAGAGAAAAUAUUGUUACCAUAAAAGUAAAUGUAAAUACAAGGAAAAUUUCUCUCUCUGUUACAGUGAAAUCUAAAUUUACUGAACCAUCAGCAGAGAAUAUUUAAUCAAAGUUAUUUCCUGAUUUUAUACCUUCCAAUCUUGAAAUCCUAAAGGAGGGAAAAACUCAAAAUGAGAAAUAGUUCAGAAAACUUUCUCCUCAGAAAACUUUCAGAAAAAUUUUCACCAACUUUUUAAAAGUGAAAAUUUCCAACCUGGUCUACAGAAAGUCCAUUUGGGUUUCUCCCUUUGAUGCAGACAAGCAUUUGAGGUUUUGUCCUGGGUUGAGCUGGGUGUAUCGAAUGCGUCCCUGUUCUCCGAGGCCUAAAUAUAAAUAUUCUUCCUGGCUCCCUUGGUCAGACUCCCUAGGUCAGGCUGUGAUGUCUCUUUCAAUGCCCCACCUGACCGGGUCACACACCUGCUCCGGGAGAUGGCCCUGCACUUCCAUUGCCUUUUGCACAAGCCCAGAGGGCUGGGCAGGCGGGUGGCAUUGGAGCACAACGCUGCGCAGCACAGACUCCUUGAUUGGGGGGUUGUAAGGGGCCAUUCUGAGUAUCCAACUUGACGCCUGCUCUAGGAAGGCCAGGGAAUUUCCCUCCACUGUUCCUGAGGGAGACACUCACUGUCUGCAUUUCAUACUCUACACGGGAACCUGCACCUGUGUCCAAAACUCCUAGAACUGUCAGAGGUUCACUCAAUGUUACCAACGUGACACCGAAUGCCUCUGUGGGUGGGACUGUGUAAGGCUAUCAUAAAAAUACCAACCUAUAUUUGUAUUUUGAGAAACGCUGUGCAGCAUGUUUGUCUGUCUCCAUGGUUGCCCAGCGACAAUAAACUGCAACUGAAAACUUUUUCUCCCUGGCUCUGCUCUUUCAUGAACCUAGACAGGGAAAGCCGAGGGCCCGGGUCAUCGGCAGGCACAACUGAAAUGGGGAUAUUAGCAGCUAAAUCGGCUGUAAGUUCAGGCAAAGAGCAGAUUUCACUGCCCCUCUGUGAUCUCAGCACCUCUGGGUUACACGCCUCUU